AUGCCCGAGUAUCCUGGCUGGGGUCUGGAUCUUCGGCACACUGCCCGGAGGGGAACCGUCACGUUUUUGGGGGAUUUCCACUCCUACAGCUGCUGCUCGGCGAUUCUAAGUGUGCGCGAGGCAGCCAUGAUGAUGGUCAUGGACCUCCUCACGGACAAGCCCGACUGGCAUGUCAAGGUGUUUGACGACGACAUCGCCGAGAAGUGGCGCCAGGAAGCUCUUGGUUGGUCCGACCACGCCUUGAGUAGUCGGUUCGCCCCGAGCGGCUCCUGCCCCCCGGGUAUCUUGGAUAGGGAAUCCGUCGACUUUGUGAGUUCUCCCCAACGAGUACCGAGCCUGUCAUUGCACACCGGCAUGCCGUCGCGCCCUGCUUACCAGUCGAGCAGUUCAUCCUUGAACUGCGGGAUAAAGCCGAGUGCUACAGGCCGCGUUGCGCGAAGCCUUUGCGCGGCUGCAGGCGGACAGCUCGUCUCGGCCGGACUGGCAUCCCUGGACGAACGAAACGGUGCUGGACCUCGUCCAUCCGUCCAUGUACCCGCUGGUCUACGGCCGCCCGCUCUUUCUCCAGACGAAGUUGUCGGGGUGGAAGACGCCGUAGAUAAGUGGGCCGGGAAGGGGGAAGUGAUUCCCCGUCCCGCAGAAGGGGACGAGGGAAGAGAUGCGAAGAAAGAUCCCUACUGGUCGACUACCUACCAGUGGCUCCCAGCGAAUCUCAAGUUUACGGCCGAUGGCGGCGUGCAUUUCACUAGUUAUAUCAACAACCUGCACCCGACCAAGUACGCGGACAUCUACAAGACGGUCGAGAGACUCAUCGGGGUAGCGCUCCCCAUGUGGGAUCACUGCUUUUGGCACGGCGCCACCGGACGGACCGGACCGCGCUUUGGCCAUUUGGGCAUUAGCGACCAGGACGCGUAUUGGGAGCCGCCGUCAGCCAAGGAAAUGCUCGCGAGAGAGAAAGCAGCUGCAGCAGCCGAGAAAGCAGCGAACCGGGCCAAGGACGCGGCAGAGCGAACCCGAGCUUCCAUGCACGGCUCAGCUAAACGACGUGAACAAGAUGACUUGCCCGAACUCAACCCGCGGAUGCCCCCAGAGCUCACAGAUCGACGCCGGAUUCUCGAUUUCAUACGGAAUAGCAAAACUAUACUGCAGAAUGGCCGCGUACGAUUCAAGGACAAGCCCUACAAAGUCAUGUCAGAAUGGGGACGGAUGGUUGUCCUGCCCCCUGAAUGUGUCGAUGAACUGAGAAGCGACCCACGGAUGUACUUUACAACACCGGUCACGGAUCAGCCGAGGCUAGAGCGCGAGGCCAAAAAAAGGGUCUUCGACGACUCUAUUGAAUGGUUUGAGGCGGAGUAUUGCGGGAGACCCCACCACAUUACCAUCAGUCAGAUUACCCUCUCCGUUGUGGCCAUCCGCACUCCAACCGAUCUGCUCCACCAGACAAUGACGGAUAUCGCACUGCAGCCGGAACUUUUUGAGCCGCUCCGAGAAGAAGUGAUUCGAGUGCUUGGCUCACAUGGUCUCAAGAAGACUUCAUUUUACAAUCUGAAGCUGAUGGAUAGCGUGCUGAAAGAAAGCCAACGGCUGAAACCCUCCCUCCUUGGAAGCUUUCGGCGCCAAGCAACUGCAGAUAUCAGACUCACCAAUGGAUACACUAUCAAGAAGGGCACGAGGAUUGUAAUUGAUAGUAGCCAUAUGUGGGGUUCAGAAUAUUAUCAAAACCCGGAAAAGUAUGACGGGUAUCGCUUUCUGAGAAUGCGCGAGACUCCAGGGGAGGACAAGAACACCCGGCUAGUGAGCACUAGCAGCAGCCAUCUGGGCUUCGGGCAUGGGCUUCACGCCUGCCCUGGACGAUUCUUUGCGGCCAACGACAUCAAGAUUGCGCUGUGCCAUCUUCUAUUGAAGUACGACUGGCGACUCCCAGACGGAUUCUACCCAAAGCCUGUGAACUAUGGAAUGACUUUCUUGACAGACCCAGGGACUACGUUAUUCUUGAGGAGACGGAAGGAGGAGAUUGACUUUGAAACCUCAGUGUCCUCGCCCGCCAUCCCCAGCGAGUCAGCCAGACAAAUGAUCGGCAAGGAUACUAUCCGGGAUUUUGCGAAUGACAGAGCCUAG